AUGCCUUUACGUUCAGAGCGAAGCCCAGACUGUUCGAGCUCCAUUUGGUUUCUCCAAGAACCAAGUCGGGUCUGCUCAACCGAUGAAAGCAGAUGCAAUGUGCUCCCAUUACACAACAUUUCCCCUCGCUCGCACCCCAGCCCCGGGAAGUGCAGUCGCUAUCUGGAGCCCCAGAUCAGCUCUCCAGAGCCCGGCGUGUCCGCCUCCGCGGGGCCAGGCCCAGCAGCCGGCCGAGCCGCCGGGCUCCGCACUCAGGGCCGGGCCGGGCCGGGGGGGGCCGCCCGCUACCAGAUUCCUGCGUGUGGCGGUGCCAGCAGCACCGGCGGCGGCUGCAUUCCACAAAUAGGCAUUCGGCCAUUUUCUCCGAGACCCAACACAAAGCCGCUCCCGCCCCCCGGCCCCGCUCACCCCGCCGCCGCCGCCGCCGCCGCCGCCCCGAGCGGCCCCCGCCGUGCGCCCGGGAGCGGACAACUUGCCCCCCCGCCGCGUCCGGCGGCUGCUUCCCCUUCCUCGCGCGAUCGCCCUGCGGGCCCCGGCCCCCUGCUCCCGCCCAGCCCCGCAGGAGCGAGCCGCCCCUGCCUUCCCCGCGCCCCGGCCCAAGGUCACCCCCGCCCCCGCCAGCCACCGAGACCCAGGCCCAGCCUCGGGCAGGAAAUCGCUGUCCAGCCUCCCGGGCCGCGCGGCCUGGGGCUCCCGGCGGCGCCGAGCCCCUUCCGGGGCACCCCCGCCCGCCUCGCCGGCCGCUUCAGGACCAGCGGCCCGAGCAGCUCCGCCGGGCGCAGCGCGGGAGGGGCCCCGCGCGAGGCAGGCCCCGGCCCCUUAGCCUUGGUGCUGAUCCCCCGCCCCGGCCGGGCCUGGCCGCCCCGCCGGGCUGCCUCGCUGCAGAUCAGCCCUGGACAGCGCCUCUGGCUCCCCGCGCCGCCGGGCCAGCCCGUCUACUACUAG